AUGAAUAAUUCUCUUAAAAAACGAUGGUUUGACACUGGUAACAAUAAUAAUACAAUCAGUCUUCUUUUUCCACUUGAUUUUGAUACAAUGGUAAUUUCAUCGAAUCAAACAUCAUCAAUAAUUGAAACAAAUACUGUAAGUCCAAUACCAAAUGAUUUACAUUGGUAUCCAUUUUAUCCUGGUAUAUGUCCACCAUCAUAUAAUGUUAUUUUACAAGGUGUUUGUGCACCAUUAAUUAUUAUUAUAUCAACAGUAUUAAAUUCGUUAAUAGCUGUUGUAUUACUUCAAAAACAACUUCGAUCACCCACAAAUAUUCUACUUCUUGCUAUUGCACUUUAUGACACACUUACAGGAUUAUUUCCUUUUCCAACAUAUAUUUAUGUGUUUACAUUUAAAAAAUGUGAUGAUUACAUGCCUUAUAAUUAUGGGUGGUUUCAUCGAAUUAAUUAUCAGGUGCUUCCAUUUAUAUUUCAUACAUGUUCUAUUUGGGUAACUGUUGUCUUAGCUAUUCAACGAUAUAUAUAUGUAUGUCAUUCAGAAAAAGCUAAACAAUGGUGUACAGUACGAAUGGCUCUUAAAGCUGUAGCAUGUGUUAAUGUUUUAGCACUUAUUGUUGCAAUACCAAUGUUUGUUGAAGGUACAUUUCAUCCGAUAACAGUUCGUUCAUUAAAAGAUUCAAAAAAAAUUCUUAAUGCAUGUCUUGUGCGUGAUUACUCAGAAGAUCCAAGAUAUAGCACAUUAUAUUCUGUUUAUUCAGUAUUACGUGCUUUAUUAAUUAAUGUUGGUCCAUGUACGGUACUUGUUAUAUUAAAUGCUAUACUUGUCGACCGUAUGAAAGAAGCUAAACAAAAUCGGGAUAGACUUAUGAGAAAACGUAGUCAGGAAUCUCGUGCUCAAGAACAAACCAGUGUGACAUUAAUGCUUGUUAUUGUAGUAACUAUUUUUCUAAUUGUUGAAGUUCCCAUGGCACUUCAUUUGAUUAUAUCUGGUUUAUUAAAAUUGUUAGAAUCAGACUUUUUAUCAGGAUUUUUAAAUUUUUCUGUUCAAUUACUUAAUUUUGCUGUUUUAUUAUCAUAUCCAAUUAAUUUUUUUAUUUAUUGUCGUAUGUCAAGAGCAUUUCGUGAUGCUUUUACAGAACUAUUAUGUCCAUCAAAACAUCGAUCUGGACAAAGUGGAUUACCACCAUCAACAACAACACGAUUAAUUAUUAAAUCAUAUAAUAACAAUGACAAUUAUGAUCAUCUUGAACUUAAUGAUACAAAUAUUGAAAUGAAAAAUUCUCAUAUUAAAAUUGAACAUCCAUCAACUGUGAUAUUCAAUCAAACAACAGCUGAACCAUUCAUCCCAUUAACACCAUCGAUGACUUCUCUUCAUGUAACUCAUAAUGGAAAAAAGCCUUCAACCGAUUCACUAAGCAAACAUCAUGUACUUUUUCGCGAUGAUGUUCCGUCAUCAGCAAAUAUGAAAUUUACUGAUUUGUAG